AUGGGAGAACUGUAUUCAGGCAGCUUAAAUGGCCUUGCUAGAGGUACUGAAGGUAUUCUAGGAGUCAGAAGGACACAGAUUGCAUUACCAAUGCAGCUCGCAAAUGCAUUUGAACUUGAGCGUAAGUUUGCUCUCUGUGUACCUUCUUCAUCCCAGUCGGGAUUUGGGGUCAUGUUUUUUGGUGAUGGACUAAGUUAUUACAUGCCUCCUCUUGCUGUCAUUGAAGAUUUUGUCAACAAGGCAGCAUCAAGAAAGAUUACUAGAGUAGAAUCUGUGGCACCAUUUGGAGCAUGUUUCAGCACAAAGAUGGCUAGCACUAAGACAGGACCAGCGGUGCCAACUAUUGAUUUGGUACAGCAAAGCAAGAGUGUGUAUUGGAGGAUUUAUGGUGCCAAUUCGAUGGUGAAGGUCAAGGAAAAUGUGCAAUGCUUAGGAGUUGUGGAUGGUGGAUCGAAGCUGAGAGCUUCCAUUGUUAUUGGGGGACAUUAUCAGUUGGUGGAUAAUAUAUAUAUUAGAGUUUGA